AUGUCCAAUUAAACUAGAACUUGGGUUGACGAUGUUGAACUUAACAUAUCUUAGUUAUCCGAUUCAAUUAGGACAAAUGUGAAAUAACCAAUUUGUGAUUUAGUAAAUCAAAUUCCUUUUAAUGAAUGGAAAAAUACCUAUUAUCUUCCAUUAACCAAUCAAUAUGAGAAAUGGCCAGAAAGAUUUACUUAAUUUAAAUACAAUAAUAUAUUGGGUCGAGGAAAUGAAAACUAAAGGCUAAUUUUUCUUGGAUUAAGCACAUUAGCCAUAGUAUCCAUUUCAAAAAGAUUUUCUUCUGGAUUAUUUCCAAUCUUAAGAAACUCUGUAGUGACUUAUUUUGCAUUGGGAUUAAUUGUUGCUCCAGAAAUCUAUAAUCCUUUGUUGGUCAAGGGGAACAAAACGAAUUGA